UACGCAUAAAUCACCUCUGAGUUCAGCUAUUUCUGUUGUCCAUACGUCUACUACAACGUCUAUAUUUAGUUGUUGUCAUAUGUCGCGCUGGUCAGCUGGGAUCCUGCAGCAGGACACGCCUCUGGGGCUGAAUGGAGUGCGCCGUGCGUAAAGUCCGACCUGCAGCGGAUCCAAACUUUUCAAUUUGAUCGCUGGUUUUAAGAAGUAUCCAGUCGACGUUACUGAUUGGUUUAAGGGCGACUAAAUGCAGCGAUGACUCGAGAGGAAGAUCUCAUCCGGAUUGCAAAAAAACUGGACAAGAUGGUGUCUAGAAAUAACACGGAGGGAGCCAUGGACCUCCUGAAGGAACUCAAAGGCUUCAAUAUGACACUCAAACUUCUCCAGGAAACAAGAAUCGGCAUGUCUGUCAAUGGCAUCAGGAAGCACUGCACGGACGAAGAAGUUAUUGCUCUGGCAAAGGUCCUCAUAAAAGACUGGAAGAGACUUCUGGACUCUGGCCAUUCUAACUCUGAGAAACCGACUGAAAUGAACAACGGCGUGGACUCCAGCAAAACGGCAGCGUCUCCGAACAGCUCGCCCUCCGAGACGCUCAGCAGGAAAGACUCAGUGGAUAGCAAAGUGACUAAAAAACACUCAGAUGAAACCAAGAGAGAAAGGAAAGAUUCGUCUGACUCUAAACCGCCUCCUCCUCCCAAAAAGCCCAGUGUGGAGGUCAAAAAAGAAAAGCACAGGAAGGAUUCCAGUGACUCAAAGUCUGGCCAACCUGUGAAACGCCACUCAACGGAGUCCAAACCUGACAGACGGGAAUCGACUGAUUCGAAGAGAAGCAACUCGCCACCAGCCAAGAAGCUAACGGCCGAACGGAGAGAGUCUCACAGCUCCAAACCUCCUCAGCCUGGACCUCCACAGAGGAAGCCCUCUACUGACAGCAACGACCGAAAGGGCAAAAUUGAAGCCCCUAAGACUCCCACCACCCCGACCAGCCCAAUGUCACCCAGCUUCAGCUCUCCUGGGGGCCCGCUGUCCCCUCACCUCACCACCGGAGACUCCAUCAGAGACAAGUGCAUCGAGAUGAUUUCAGCUGCUCUGCGCACAGACAAUGACUACAAAGACUUCGGAGCUAACUGUGACGGCAUGGCAGCAGAGAUUGAAGAUCAUAUCUACCAGGAGAUAAAGGCCACGGAUAUGAAAUAUAAGAACAGAGUGCGGAGCCGCAUCAGCAACCUGAAGGACCCCAAGAACCCCGGGCUUCGCAGAAACGUACUCGCAGGAAGCAUCGAGUUACGCCGCAUCGCCACCAUGUCUGCUGAGGAAAUGGCCAGUGACGAGCUGAAACAGCUGAGGAACGUUCUCACCCAGGAGGCCAUCAGGGAGCACCAGAUGGCCAAGACUGGCGGCACCACCACCGACCUGCUGCAGUGCGGCAAGUGCAAGAAGAAGAACUGCACCUACAACCAGGUGCAGACACGCAGCGCUGAUGAGCCAAUGACCACAUUUGUUCUGUGCAACGAGUGUGGCAACCGCUGGAAGUUCUGCUGAUGCCUUCAAGGUGAAACCAAGUGUUUUUUUCUGAGCAUAUUGAACUGCUUAUUUUCUAUAAUGGGAGGGAAGGGACGUUUAUAAAUAAUUGCAGCUAGUGAUUACAACAGAUUUAACGUGUUCACACGAUUUUUACUUGAAAUUUUAAAAUUUGUAAGCAUGUGCCAAUAAUCCGAGUUUGCUUUAUGUGGAUUUGAAGACUGAGCAUGAAUGUCAGUUUGAUGACUGAGUCAUUAAAUCAACCCAGUUGUAACUCAUCAAUAAUGCCGACGGUGCUGUCACAAUAGAGACACUCAUGAUCCGUAUGAUAAGCUGUGUCACAUCGCAGCGGUUCACUUUGUAAAUAACUAAUUCCAAUAAAACUGCAGAAAUCAUCUAUGUGGUUGAUUUUUAAACUGUAGUUUGAU